GUGAAAAUCUAAUCUGUUGGUUUCUUCUUCUUCUUUUUCUUUUUUUGAUCUCAAAUUUUCUGAUUGAAAUUCUAUCUGGGUCGUGUAUUUGAUGGGUCAAGGAUUAGAUGCUUCAAAAUUAAAUACUUAAUCAUAAAGAGUGAGGCUUUGAAUCAUUUUGUCCACUGUUGUGUUGAGGAAAUUGAGCGCUUUGAUAGUUCUUGAGUAUCAAAAGUUAUACUGUGUUUGAAGUUACAGGUUUAGAUUUGUGGGUUUAUACGCAUAUUACUGUUUAGGGACGUUAUUAAAAAGUAUGUGUUGCAAAGGAGAGCAAAUUCGUGCUCUGUAACCUCUGUUUGAUCUGUUUAUUUUUUCUGGGUUUGAAUUAACAUUGGUCCUUUUCUGUUCUGGAAGACUAUGUGCCAAUUCCUAAUGACAAUUCACUCUACUGGCAACAAUAUGUGCACUAAGAGCAUUGGCAAAAAGAAACGUGCUUUGAUAGAGCUAUUUUUGGAUGUGUACCUAAAGAUCGAUAAGAUGGAGUUGUCAAUAGUUACCUUUAUUUGUUUGUACUCAUUGAGGCUAAACCUCCUUUUGGGUGGUGAUUAUCAUAGCUGAGAUUGUUUUGGGCAUCAUUUGUCUUGAAAGUUAGAUAAAUUCCAAUUGAUUUAUAGCAACUUAAGGAAUCUGCUUCAAUCUUUGGAGUUGUUGUUUUUUAUUUUUUUUUUUUGUGACAAGAACACGUAUUAAAGCCAAAUAUUGCUCUUAAAGUCAAAAGAAUAUUAUGAAGAUGAUUGAAACUACGGUUCUGUCCAUGAAGAUAGAUCGAGAGAGUCUUUUGCGUAAGCUUUCGGAUACAGUCUUAGACAACUACAUGUAGAAUCGGUUAAAGAGUUUCUAGAACUCAAUGAAUUGUCAAAUUAUUAAAGCUUGGUUGUACUAUUUACACUUUUGUUGGGUAAUAGUCUGUUUUCUCUCUCUCUCUCUCUCUCUCUCUCUCUCUCUCUUCAUUACUUUGCAUUCACAUUACAAUAGUAGAAGUUAGCUGGACUGUGUUUGGCUUGAUUACUAGGUUGACUCCAGGAUGAUUUACUUUUUUACUUUUGUAUUGUGAUUAGUUACUUUCAAAGAUAUGUAUUCCUGCGGCUUUAUUAAUAUCAUUAAAAGAAGAGCAGCAACAGAAAUAGUACUUCAUUUGAGGAGAAGAUUUAUACUUCCAGAUUCUAUGCAAAACAUUUUACGGGUUGUUUUGGCGCCACUGUUCUGUUGUCUGUUGUUUAGUGCUAGCUUCAUCUGUUAUUGUGAUUUAGAUUCUCAGAACAGUGUGCUGUCGAAUUCGUCAAGUGGUUUGGAUUCAGCUUUGGCCGCCAAAACCGCAGUUAUGGCUCCGAAGACCCGGGCGACAAGGAAAAAAAGGUUCUUAGAAGGAGAUUGCAGUGCUGCUAAUUUAUACUGUGCUGAAAGUCAUGAUAAAAGUUUAUCAACUCAGGGAGAUAUUCGAGAAAUGAGCAAUGAUCAAACUUUCGUUGCCGCUAUAGCUGAAAGCCCUUUUUCUCAUGAAGACAGAACAGUGGUGCAGCCAACAACAAAAAGAAAACGGGUUUUGAAAAAUGUAGACGGAUUGGGACAUGGCGACAAACAAGUUAGAAAUAAUCAACAAAAUGUUAAUAUAGCUGCAAACCAAGGUGUUACUGGAAAUCAGGAUUUGUUUGCUGCUAUAAAUUCAGACAAUGACACUACAAGUGCAACGGUCGAGGGCUCAUCUACUUUCGGUCAGGCGUUGUAUCAAAGAAGCAAACAAGAAUCGAAUCUAAGCUAUAAGGAUUUGGGUGACAAUGUUUUCACAUGUAAUCAUUGCAGCGCAUGUUUUUGGUCAGAAGAAGCAAACAAACAACCGUCUAAAAAGGCACAUCUCAUCUAUACCAAUUGUUGCAAAAAUGGACAAGUUAAACUUCAACAACCCAAUUCAGCACCAAGUUUUCUUCAGAAAAUUUUAGAUCCACAAAAUGUUCCAGAAAGUACAUUAUUUAGACAGAAUAUUAGAGUUUAUAAUUCAAUGUUUUCUUUUACAUCAAUGGGAGCAACAAUUGAUCGGAGUAUAAAUAAUGGAUCAGGUCCUUAUGUUUUCAAAAUAAGUGGUCAGGUACAUCAUUUAAUGGGAUCUAUCUUACCUCCUGAUGGUGAAUGCCCUAAGUAUGCACAAUUAUAUGUAUAUGAUACAAAAAAUGAGGUUUCAAAUCGUAUCAAUGCUAUUGAUCCUACUCAUGAAAAUGAAAACAUCAAACCAGAGAUUGUGCAAGGACUUAUUACGAUGUUUGAUCAAACUAAUGAGUUGGUACAAAUUUAUCGAAUGGCUAGAGAUAAAUAUGAACAUCGUUCUUUGCCUUCAUUCAAUAUGACUAUGCUCAGUCGCCGACCAACUGAUAGCAAACAAUAUGAAGAGCCAAUAAAUGAAGAAAUUGGAGGUUUAAUUGUCGGUGACAUUGGAGAGUUUAACUCAAAUAAAGACAUAAUUGUUGAAUCCAAUGAUGGGAGAUUACAACGGAUUUCUAGAAUACAUCCCAAGUACAUGUCAUUACAAUAUCCAAUUCUUUUUCCAUAUGGUGAAGAUGGAUAUAGACAUGAUAUUCCAAUGCAACAAAAUACAGCAAAUCACAAACAAAAAAGAGAGAGAAUAUCAAUGUGUAGUUAUAUUGCAUAUCAAAUUCAAGAUAGAAAUAAUGAAGAAAACACUUUAUUAAAAGGUGGGCGAUUGUUCCAACAAUUUUUAGUUGACUCUUAUGCAACUGUUGAAGAAGAUCGUUUGAACUGGAUUAGAAAUAAUCAACAAAAUUUCAGAAGUGAAGUUUACAAAAAUAUUUGCAAUGUUGCUUCAACUGGAAUUAAUGACGGUCGUGAUCUAGGACAAAAAGUUAUUUUGCCAAGCUCCCAUACUGGAAGUCCUAGAUAUAUGAUAAAUAAUUAUCAAGAUGCCAUGGCAAUAUGUAGACAAUACGGCAAUCCUGAUCUAUUUAUAACUUUUACUUGCAAUGUUAAAUGGCCCGAAAUAGUGAGAUACUUUGAAAACAUACCUGGAUAUAAACCAGAAGAUAGACCUGAUAUAAUUUCAAGAAUUUUUAAAAUGAAAUUGCAAGAUAUGAUUGCUUAUGUUAAAUCUGGAGAGCCUUUUGGAAAAAUUGAAGCAGAUGUUUGCACAAUAGAGUUUCAGAAAAGAGGACUACCUCAUGCCCAUAUGCUAUUUUGGUUGAAAAGAAACUACAAAUGUUAUACAGCUACUGAUAUAGAUUCUAUUAUUUCAGCAGAAUUACCAGACAAAAAAGUUAAUCCCGAACUUUUUAAAAUAGUUAGUGAAUUCAUGAUUCAUGGACCUUGCGGACAAAUAAAUUCAAAAUCUCCUUGCAUGCGAGAUGGAAGAUGUUCUAAAUUUUUUCCAAAAGCAUACAACACAAAUACUAGAUUUGAAGCAAAUGCGCCACCAGCAUAUAGGCGACAUGACGAUGGCACGAACUUUGUGAUAAAAAAUGCUUCAGAAAUGCGACAACUUUUUGUUACAAUAAUUUUGUUCUGUGAUGUUGCAAAUCCCCAAAUGCUAUUAGAUUCACAUUGGUCAAACAUGUCUGAUGAUAUUUUACACAAGGCUCGAACUGAACUCGGAACUCCAAAUGUGACAAAACAACUUACUUAA